AGAUUCAGGUGGAGAAGUCUUUCACAGUUCAUGAUUGGGAGUUGCGAGGUGGUGAUUGAUUGCAUUGCCUUCAUGGGCUGGAUCUAGAAGGCCUGGCCAAAAAAAAAAAAAAAGCUGUUCCAGUUGACAGCCAAUGAAGGAUUGGAGUGCCAAAAUUCAAACUGGUGAGAAGGAAGUCAUUGAGAAGAGGAACAGUCACUUUGUGUUGCAAGGGAAAUAGGAUGGACACUAUUGAUGCAGAGGAAAAAAAAGUAUAAACGUUUCGCCUCAACCCUUGGACAAGGGUUGAUUGCAGUGACUUUAUCAGUAAAGGAAGAAGCUUGUCGAAAAGCUACACUAACACUGAAGACACGGCGAAAAACUGUGAAAUUUACAGAUAACGUGACUCUGGAUUGCAGCAUCAAUGGCACCUUUACAGGCUUGACAUAUCACUGGCACAAAGACCAUCAGACAGACUGGGGAGAAAGCAGAGAGAACACAAUCACGAUCCCAUUUGUGACUGAGUCUGACAGUGGACAGUACCGGUGUGCCGCCUAUACCAGUGGCCCGUAUCCUGUUGCUUUCUCCUGUCAAAGUAAUGCUGUUAAACUGAGCAUUCAGGGUCUCUUAACAGCAACACUGAUGCGAAGGGAUCAGAGGGAAUCUGUGUACAUUGGAGAAGACGUGACUCUGGUCUGCAGCAUUGAGAACAGUUAUACAGGCUGGAAAUAUCGCUGGUUCAAAGAUGGAUAUUCAGACAGGUAUAAAAGCAAUGAACACACGUUGACGAUCUCAUCUCUGAAUACGUCUGACAGCGGAGAAUACCAGUGUGCUGCCUACAGAGAUGGCCCUUAUCCUGUUUUUGUCUCCACUGCCAGUAAAGCACUUACACUGAGUGUUCAUGAAAGAAAGGCUGAACUUCAAAUUACUUCAAGCCAUACAGAUGGACGAAUCUUUGAAGGAGAUGAGGUCCAUCUGAGCUGCAAUGUCGACGGAGAUCCAGUUAUGUGGAAAUUUGAGCUGUACAAGACUGGUAACGAAACCCCUUACAGAGUAGAGAUGAAGAAGAAGUUUACCAUCAGCCCCGUGACUCUUUCACACAGCAGGGGCUACAGGUGUCGAGCUGUGAAAGGCCACCUUCACUCGAGAUUUAGUGAUCCCGUUCAGCUACAUGUGUUGGGGUUGUCACUGGAAAAUAAAAUUCGACUGGCUAUAUCUGGUCUGGUGUUGGUUGUACUGCUGAUCAUUGUGGCCGAGUGUUUGUGGAUCAAAGCACACUCAACCUUUAGAUCUAAUGAAGCUGGGUGUACUACAGGAUGAAGGAGGAUCAGAAAGUAACGCAAACUUGUAAAUCAAACUGACAACAAUUUGAGUCUGUGAUUACUUGUGAUGGUUCAAAGAUCAGCAACCACAGGGUUUUGGUCACUCUGCAUUUUUUUUUUGUUAAUUUUAUCAAAAAUGUUUGUUUCAUUUCAGUACAAUGGAAAGAAAUACAACACCUCUAUUAGAGAAGACAUGUUUAACGCUCAGGAGACUUUACAUGUUAAUUUCAUUGUGGAAAUAUGGAACUUGCCUAACAAACUUUUGCUUGAGAACUCUUAAGGAGAUACAAGACCUCAAAGCUCUGACAAAAAAGCGAAGUUGUGAAGGCAAGCCAUGGAUUUCAAGCAGCACUUUCUGCUCUUUUUUAAUAAGUUACACUUUCUUAUUAAAACCCAUAUACACUGUUA